AAGAGGAGGAACGUUGGAAGUCACCGGCUCUGCUUGAGCAGCUUGAUCUGCUGUCACCUCGGUCCGAACAUCGCCGUGUCCGGUUACCCCCGUCGUCUCUGACUGUUGUGAAUUUUUAUUCUUAAACUUGAAGCGUGUGUGUUUGUGCCAAGAUGUCUCAGAAGAUCAAGGCUGGCUCAGUGGUGGAGAUGCAGGGCGAUGAGAUGACUCGGGUCAUCUGGGAGCUGAUUAAGGACAAGCUGAUUUUCCCUUACUUGGAGCUGGACCUGCACAGCUUUGACCUCGGCAUGGAGAACCGAGACGUGACCGACGACCAGGUCACGGUCGAGGCAGCGGAGGCAGUCAGGCGCUACAAUGUGGGCAUCAAGUGUGCCACCAUCACGCCGGACGAGAAGCGCGUGGAGGAGUUCAAGCUGAAGAAGAUGUGGCGCUCGCCCAACGGGACCAUCCGGAACAUCCUGGGAGGCACCGUGUUCAGGGAGGCCAUCAUCUGCAAAAACAUCCCCCGCCUGGUGUCCGGCUGGGUCAAGCCCAUCAUCAUCGGCAGGCAUGCACACGGAGACCAGUACAAAGCCACUGACUUUGUAGUGCCAGGUCCUGGGAAAGUAGAGAUGAUCUACACACCCACAAAUGGAGAGCCGGUCAAAUAUGUCGUCCAUCAGUUUGAAGGUACCGGUGGUGUGGCUUUGGGGAUGUACAACACCGAUUCAUCCAUCCGAGACUUUGCUCACAGCUCCUUCCAGAUGGCUUUGUCAAAGGCCUGGCCGCUGUACCUCAGCACAAAGAACACCAUUCUGAAGAAAUACGACGGUCGCUUCAAGGAUAUCUUCCAGGAGAUCUAUGAGAAAGAAUAUCGACCUCAGUUUGAGGCUAAAGGAAUCUGGUACGAGCACCGACUCAUCGACGACAUGGUGGCCCAGGCCUUAAAGUCAGAGGGAGGCUUCAUUUGGGCUUGCAAGAACUAUGAUGGCGACGUGCAGUCGGAUUCUGUAGCACAAGGGUACGGUUCUCUGGGCAUGAUGACGAGUGUUCUGAUCUGUCCUGAUGGACGCACCGUGGAGGCUGAGGCCGCACACGGCACGGUGACGCGCCACUACAGGCAGCAUCAGCAGGGCAAAGAAACCUCCACCAACCCUAUAGCUUCCAUCUUUGCCUGGACGCGAGGUCUACUCCACCGGGCGAAGCUGGACAACAACGCAGAGCUCCGGGUGUUUGCUGAGGCUCUGGAGGCCGUCUGUAUCGAAACCAUCGAGGCUGGAUUUAUGACCAAGGACUUGGCCAUCUGCAUCAAAGGAAUGCCCAAUGUGACACGCAGCGACUACUUGAACACAUUUGAGUUCCUGGACAAGCUGGCAGAGAACCUGAAGAUAAAGCUGGCCACGCAACCCAAACUGUGAUCCCACUUCCCCAGCUGCAGCACUUACACACAGACACACACCGCUGGCCCACGCACACAGGGGGUGACCUUCCAGAAAGCGGAGUGUUGGCCAAGCAGGCAGGAACUCCACAAGGUCUUAGCCGUAGCAAAGGUUUGAUCAAGGAGGGUGCGCCAUCAUUCAUGCUGCAUCAGAGCUGCAUCACCCAGACAUUAACAGCCUCCAGGAACUAAAUGACCUCUGACUUUAAGGCACAGUGUUGUUUUUUAUUUUACUAUGGUUGCACUAGCUCCCUGAUGUUCUCUUGGACCAGAAGUUGCUAGUGAACUUCUGGACCGUCAUUGCCUUAUUUGCUAUUUUUAUAUAAAUCAUGUGUGGAUUCUGGUCUUCUCCGUUGCCUCAUCAUGUUUUACAAAAACCUCAGACGCCGUUGUGAAACUGGACAGCCGGAGAAGCAGAGCACAAUCACCGGUGUUGACUGUAAUGAGACUUUUCAGCUUUCAGCUGAGUGACUAAACAUUCCAUGACAUUAUUCAUCUCGUAACUCAGAAAACAUAAGAAACUGUAAAGAUUUCAAGAAGUCUGACUCCUUAAUACAGUUUGCGAGCACACUACUCAUAACCAAUAUAAACUCUUAAAUGUCCAACACUGACUUAACGAAGAGAUGUAUUUAUAUGCCGUUGUGUGUGUGUGUGUGUGUGUGUCUUUGUGUGUGCAUCAGCAAUAAAUUCAUGUAAUAAAUGUGUCUGCCAAAAACAAA